CGUGGAUCCCGUGGGUCUGGAGGCAAAUAAGUUUGCUCUGCCUGCGCUCGCUGCCUUUUACGCAGGCGCAGAUCGCGCUGUUUGUCCAGUUUCGCUGGUUGACUUUUACCUGUGAGGUAGUUUCGGUUCAGCGUCGGGAGAAGGACGCAGCAGCCGCUCCGGUUCUGUUCGGUCCAGAGACGUCAAAGCCUCCUCCUCCUCCUCCUCUUCCUCCUCCCCGGUGUGUGACUCAGGGACCCCGCCGCGGAGCCUCGGACGGGAUUUCUCCGGGAUUUUAGAGUCGGUGCGCAACAGCGAGGAGGCAGGUGUACGGGGACCGGACCGGACGGGACGGGUGGAGAGGAGUCCAGACACCGGACGCAGUGAGUGGAAAUCAACUGGUUGGCUCGAUCAGGUUCGGCUUUAUUGGUAUGCGGCCGGAGUCCUGAUCGGCAGCCCUGAAGACUUCUCCGAGCCUGCAGAGUGACUCCUCGCCCCGCGGAGGAGGCGCCGGGAGCAGCAGACACCGGAGCCGGACUGCGGCGUCGGCGGCGGCGCGGUGCGGUGCGGGUUUCACGGACACGCCGCGGAGCAGGUCGCCCUCUGGAUCGGGAAGAUGAUGGGCUUUCUGCGCCGGACCUUCAGCCGCCGCUCCCGCCUCCACGCCAGAGAGAGGGACGAGCGGGACGAUAAGGUGGACGGAGGGGUGACGGGGAACCCCCUGCUGCUGCCCCACCAGCAGCAGGUCGUCCACGCUCCGGCCGUGGUCAGCGGGGGCGCCACGGUCCACAUCCCGGCGGCGGGGACGGCGAAGAGCACCAUCACCUGCCGCGUCCUGCUGCUGGACGGCACGGACGUCAGCGUGGAUUUACCUAGCAAAUCCAAAGGCCAGGACCUUUUUGAUCAGAUCAUGUAUCACAUAGAUCUGGUGGAGACGGAUUAUUUCGGACUGCAGUUCAUGGACGCAGAUCAGGUGUCGCACUGGCUGGAUCUGUCCAAGGCUCUGAAGAAACAGAUCCAGGAGCCUUACCGACUCUUCUUCAGAGUGAAAUUUUACUCUUCAGAGCCAAAUAACCUGCGCGAGGAAUUCACACGGUAUCUUUUUGUGCUGCAGCUUCGACAGGACAUUUUGUCUGGCAAAUUAAAAUGUCCGUAUGAUGUGUCAGUGGAGCUGGCGGCGUAUUGUUUACAAAGUGAGCUGGGCGACUGCGACCCCUUGGAGCAUUCCCCCGAGCUGGUGUCGGAGUUUCGUUUCACUCCCAAACAGAGCGAGAGCAUGGAGGCGGACAUCUUCGGCAGGUGGCUGGAGCUCAGGGGACAGAGUCCGUCUCAAGCAGAGAUUUCUUUUCUCAACAAAUGCAAGUGGCUGGAGCUCUACGGCGUAGAUAUGCACUUUGUCAAGGGCAGAGAUGGGGGUGAAUAUGCCCUGGGUCUCACCCCAACUGGCAUCUUAGUUUUUGAAGGCUCCAACAAAAUCGGGCUAUUCUUCUGGCCCAAAAUCACCAGGCUGGAUUUCAAAAAGAGUCGCCUGACUUUGAUGGUGGUGGAGGACGAUGAUCAGGGUCGCGAGCAGGAGCACACCUUCGUGUUCCAGCUGGCCAGCGCCAAGAGCUGCAAACACCUGUGGAAGUGCGCCGUGGAGAGCCACGCCUUCUUUCGCCUGCGACAGCCGACCGCCGGCAAGGCGAGCCGCAACGACUUCACGCGGCUCGGCUCCCGCUUCAGAUUCAGUGGAAAGACGGAGUAUCAGGCCACUCAUGGAGGCAGACUGAGGAGAGCCAGCACAUUUGAGAGGAGGCCGAGCAAACGAUACCCCUCCCGCACACAGUCGCUGGGCAAAGCUCUGCCUCUUCAUAUCAGCCUGCAUGCCAGCCCUGAUCCCAGUCCACAUGCGUACCAACACAACAUCCCUAUUGGUCACGAGCCUUGGCAUCCGUCCCACCCCGCUCUCACCCUCCCGGUUUACCUGCAGCCAUCCGGUCACACACCGCCACACAGCUUCCCGCUGAGCAGUUCUGCUUCAGACCAUCAGUACAGCUCAUCAGAGAAUGAAAAUUCGUAUUCUGGCAAGAGCCACCAUCGUCACCGCCGCCACACGCACAGCCAGGAAACACUCUGCCACACACACACCAAAAACAAACGUCGUGCUCCUCCCUGCCCUGCAGAUGUCAUGGACAUCUCUCAGUCCCUGCUCAAGGCUCUGGAGACGGACAAUGAUCCUCCUCCCUGGCCUUCACUCCACAUAAACAUCGACAAGGGAGAAGAGAAGCUACUGUCGGAGAAGUCUCUGCACCCUCCUGCUUCUCCAGUGAUGCUCCCAGAUCACCUCAAAUGUAACAUCCUCAAAGCCCAGAUGGAAGCAGCUUUCAGGAAGGAUCCUCCACUGACACCCAGAGGGAAAAGCUCAAACGAGACCAGCAGUGACAGGUAUCAGAGUUCAUCCCAAGACUCGGCAGCGUCGAGUUUGACAGCUGAAAAGACACCCCGCAGACAGGAUCUUAGCUUAACACCAGAGAAGCUGCAGGCCAAAAGCAAUCCAAGCUCCGGCCGAAGAAAACGCCUGGUCCGGCAAUUCAGCUUCAACCACGAAGAUGAAGAUAAUCUGCCGGAAGCGCUUGCAGCAAUCUCCUCACAGAGCGCAGGGAAGUCAGGGUCAAGCAGUUCCCUGGACAAACAGAUACAACCAUCUAUUUACCCACAGGUGGAUAAUAUGCCAGUACUGGAGCUGGGUAGUCCGUGUUGUACCUCUCCCUCGCCUUCCCCUCACCUCUCCCCUUCUUACUACCGUAGCUCUAUGCCUCACCUGGCCCCCUACCUCACUGCCCAUAACAACAGCGGAGAGGAAAUUAAGCUGGACCGAGAGAAGAUCCUAAGAGCCCUACUGAUGACAGAACUUUGAGAUUUCUACCAAUGAACCUUGUGAUCAUAAAGAAACAUCCAGAAACUCAAACGAAGUUCCAAAGGUUUCAGGCAUCAGCUGGCAUUUGUAUAUUUGCAAGCAAGUUUAACAGAUUUAAAAAAUAUAUUUGCAUAAUUACAAAUUGUUAUAUUUGCUUAUCUGUUUUAGAACAAUAUUUUGAUUGUAUUUAUUGAACUAUAAAUGGAGUUACAUAGACUCCCACAUCAUAUCUGCUGGUGCUGCCUGCAUGAUACAUUUUUUUUCUUCUCUACGUGAUUAUAUGGUUUGAUUUGGGGUUAUCUCCAGAUUUUAUGUCUAUUUAAUCAUCAUUGUACCCAUGCUAAAGCAUAAAAAACUGUCAAAGCACUGAUCCCCUCAUGAAUGUACUGUAAACGCAAAGCCACGUUCUAAAUCUGGUUAUUCCCAGUGUAAAUAGGCAUUGUAAUUAUUGUGCUUAUGACAAAGGGAGGGCCUGUGAAUGCUUACUUGUGUAUUGUAUUUAUGUGAUAUAUCCAUUUUUACAAGCCAAAACAUUUGCAGUAUUUGUGGUUUGAACUGGAGGCGUUUGAAUAGACUCAGAUGUUGAACAUCUUUGCACAGGAACUGCAAAACCUGUGCAACCGUCCCAGUCUACCCACUAGAAGGAGACAAAUCAAAGGUUUUGUUGCAGCUUUGCUCCUGUUUUUCAGGUUUAUCAUAAGGAAGAGGAGUCACUGCUAUUUUUCUACAUGCAAUUUUCAUCGCAGCUCAAAUGCAAAUCUGAUCUAAGAGAGCAUGUUCUUGGAAAUAAAGAUAACCCUGUUGCUCCACUAUA